GUCAGGAUACAUACCUGGCCGUCGAUCAUUGUUUAUUUUCGUUCUACGACUGCUUCGGCAACCAACUCCCUUAAACCCUUUGCAGUAUUGAUGGUGGUGGUGGUGGUGGUGAGCGGGCCAGCAGCGCUCAUUAUUGGAGAGGAGCCACGGCCGUGCAUUGGGACAGGCUCAUCAGAGGCUCAUCAAGAGGCGGGCUCAGCCACGUUGGGCGGGGUCCACCAUUUGCCGCCCGCGGAGGAGACAGAGACCGUGUGCCGGGGCAAGCGACGAGGCGUGUACGAACGAACGAACGAUUGAUUCCUUAUAAUAGGUAAUCAUCACACGCAAGGGGACAGACUACACUUUAGUCCCAUUUCGAGUGUGACCUACCCGACCUUACUUUUAAGUCUUAUUAUACUAGGUGCUAAGGUACCUGACCUACCUAGCCGGUGACUUAACUAGCUCUCCGUUUUGCGAAAGUCGCGCAACGAGAAGAGAAAAUCUGAUUCUGCCCACACCUCACCCACAAUCCCACAUCCACAUACCGACGGUACAGCUGCCACCACCUCCCGGCUCCCAGCACAAAGGACGGACGCGAAGCACAAAGAAGGGCUACCCCCCCAAGAGCAGCACAUCGGAAGCACAACGCCCGGCAAUCUGACCACCUUAUCUGUACCCGCCGCCGAACCCUGUCGCCAUUGUUAUCUACCUCCUACUCCUCCUAGUACGACCUGCCUACUACUACACUACUACAGACUACAGUACUACCUUGCCUUACUAUACAAUCACAAUACGACCUCCGCGCGCGCCUCAUUCACUUCAGACUUUACUACCUUACCUGACCUCCCUUACCGACCUGACCUACCUUACCUAGGUAGUAGGUACCUACAUUAUAUUGUCUCCCCACGCCCACCGGACCACCACACAUUGUUGUCUCCUACGGGAUCCGCCGUGGGAACAUCCCCGCUGUGUGACAUCGCUGGGCUGGCAACACGAGCAGCGGCUUCGCGAGGACGGGACCGACCCUGACCGCAAAGGUACCUGACCUACCUUACAUACCGACACUUGUGCCCACUGCCCACUGUCCGUCCUCCACACCACUCCUCACACACUGGACACCCAUGGCGCAAGUGAUGAACGUGCAUCGGAAGCCGCUACCUUCCCGUCGAGAUUACUCGAAUGCACCUGCACCUGCCCAACAACAUGUACGCGCCAGGACAAAUUCUAGCGGGGUAAUGCCCAUAUACACCUCCUCCUCCUCCUCCCACUCACCACCGCUGCCGACCUCCUCCUCCACCGCCUACACCAUGACACACCAGCAGCCGCCCUCUCACUAUGCCGGCCAGCAACGGCGAACCCUCUCCAAUGCCACCUCGUCGACAUCGUCGAGCCACAAUAACCUCACCCGAGCCCCCACGAAUUCCAAUUACAGUACCGCCGCCAGCGUACGCCGCUCCACCUCUUCGCGCAGCAACUCAUCCGUGUCACCCACCUCGUACGUCGCCUUGAUGCGGAAGCAGAAGGCGACAGUAUGGUGUGAUCGAGCCCAGCACGAAGAUCCGCGCAUACUGGUCGCCCAAAAGCAGGCGCGGAUGAGAGCCGCCGCCGAAGUGGCAGGUGGCCAGAACUAUCUGUCCGCCUCACGGACGAGCACGAAUAGUACUGGCAUGGUGGGUGGUGUCCGGAGCAAGAUCCGCCAUCAUGGCGCUCCCAAAGCGAGCACGUAUAAGACUGCAAUGGUGGCGGGAGCAGGCGUACCGAUGCGCUUGUCGGCGUCGGAAGUGGACGAUGGCAACCACAGUGACGAGGAGACGUCGGGUCCUCGUUAUCAUGUUCGGCACGGUAGUGGGAGAAGCAACGGCAGCGGAAGUGCACGAAGGGCCCACAGCAAUCUCAACCCGAACUACAGCAAUGGCAACACGCCACCCGGUGCCAGUCCGGUGGACCGUAUCGGCGAAGAACCGACCCCCACGCCGCCGCGAGAAGGCUCGAUACAAGGAGACGACUACUUCAACCGGACGGGUGGUGGUGACGGAGAUAGCGGCAGCAGCGAGGAGAAGUUUGGGGAUAUUGGCGGGCUGCCCGCAAGAAAAAUCACUGCAGAAGAACAAAUACGGAAGCAGCAGAGCAAUGCCGACGAUCUCAGGCGGAGGGGCAGUGUCGACGAGCGGACCAUGACCAUGAGUGGACCACGCUUGUUCGUCGCUAAUCCCGACUUGAGUGAUUGAUCGUGGUGGUGACAGCAGGAGCAGGACAAAUGGUAUGCGCGUGUGAAGGCGCCACAGAACAGAGUGCCAUCACUGGCCAGGCGAGGCGAGGCUGAACAGGUGGCAGCGCCCGUCCCCACAUGUUCGUUGCUACAGUAUGGUGCCCCCCAUGAUGAUUUUUAAUUCAUUACCAUUUUUUGGGCUGUGUAGCGAUUUCUUCCUUGGAUACCACAACUUAGGGGAUUUGAUGGCAUAUUUUAGAAAUGAG